AGAGUUGAUAGGGGAGUACAGAAUUCUGUGGAUGCGUUUGCGUGAACUGGUGUCAGGAGCAGGAGUUGCGACGGAAACUACGUUGGCCCUGUACGUCAUAUUUCUUCUCUUUGGCCAAGUCAUGUGCUUGUACGGACUCCUGUUUGGGAUCAGCGAUGGUCACUCCAGCAGAAACGUGACGAUGACUGUUUGUGGCGUGGUCGGACUUCUGUUUGUAGCUCAUUUCUAUUGUGUUUGCAGAAAAGCGGACUACAUAAUGACAACUGUCGAAAUAAAAGUUCAGAAGGAGUUACAUCAUAUCACAACAUGGUGCAGAAGGCAGGACAUACAGCAGGAGGUCAGUAUAUGCAUGGAGUACGAAUUAUCGAAGGAUGCUGGAAAGUAGUGCAGAAAUUUAAUGAUUCAAAGCAUUUUCGUUAAUUCAGGUUUGUG